AUGUCCAUUACCAGAGUUAUUCUUCAGGGAUGCGGAGCAGAGACUGUCAUUUUCUUCUUGUCUGUGCUGUCAUCAGCUGUUAUAUGUCCCGCCCUUGGUAGAUAUUGUAAAGACGCAAUCACAGUGCUCAUCGCUCUUGGAGCUGCUUGUCUCACCGGCGACGCGAUCUUCCACCUCUUGCCGCACGCAUUAUCUCAACAUCACGACCAUGACGCUGGUGCUACAGAAUCUACUCAUAGCGUACUUUUAUGGCGUUCCUUCUUGGUUGUGUGCAGUAUUUAUUCCUUCUACCUAUUCCAUCUUUUUUUUCAAGUUAUGGAGGGUAGUCACUCUCACUCUCAUACUACGUCACCUGAUCCACUUGAGAACAAGGGCCUGCUAGAGGCAGAAACCAAAGCCAAGCGAGAGCAGUCUGCGGCCAAAAUUAACAAAACGCUCAUAGGAACGAUAUUAGUGGGUGAAGUACUACACACAUCGUGCGAUGGAAUAGCUAUAGGAGCAGCUUUCUCAAAAUCAUCAGGGGACGGACUCAGUACGACACUAGCUGUGUUAUUUCAUGAAAUACCGCACGCAGUAGGUGAUUUUGCCAUCUUUGUCUCGUCUGGUCUGCGUUUCCGCGAGGCCCUGGGUCUGUUAUGUUUCUGUUACCUAUGCUCAUACGCGGGCAUACUUGUAGGAGCGACCCUAAGCGCCAGUCUGAAUAUGACGCCCUGGAUAUUUGCCGUCAUAGCAGGAAUGUUUCUUUACGUAGCACUGGCAGAAAUGGUUCCAGAGAUGUUCGCCAGCAUAACAUCAAGAUCUGAUAAAAAACAGCGAGUUAUAUUUCUACAAAACCUUGGACUUUUGCUCGGAUUUGCUAUUAUGAUGACGUUAGCCGUUUUUGAAGAAACGAUAAGGACAUCGUUGCAGUAGUUAAUACUAUGGAAAUGAUUUUUUGUAGUUACCCCUCGGCUUCCUUUUCGCACAGCAAAAGUAAAAUGUUGUUGAGGUCAGCCUGAAGAGAGUGAUUCCAGCGGAAUUUUCUCGUAGCCAAUGUGAAAUAAGCGAUAAUCAAAAACGAAAUGAACAUGAAAGUGAACUUCGCAGUAAUGAACACUACUUUACCAGAAGUGAAAAUAAGGCCUGACAAAAAAAUUCAGGCCUGUACGGGAUUUGAAUCCUUGACCUCUGCGAUAUCGGUGCAAUCAGUCUACCAACUGAGCUAACAAGCCAACUGGGAGCUGGUCAGUAUGUUAUUCAUCACUAUUGAGUUUAUUACGAACCAACAUACUCUGCUUAAGUACUAUUCAUUACUGCGAAGAUUGCUUUCAUAUUCAUGUCGAACAUGAAUUUAUAUCUGGUAAUCCUUGGACACAGAUCUUGGUCUUAUCACUGUAAAAUUAGG